AUGUCUACAGAAACAAGAAAAAAAUGGUUUCCAGAGUGGGUGAAUACAUUUAAUCUUUUGGUUUUUUUUUUAUGGCAAUCUAAAAGUUUCAUGGGAACACAGAUGAUUUUUGCUAUUUUUAGUAAUUAUGUUUCAAAAUGGAGAUGUGAAGGAGUCGGAAAUUAUGGUAAAAAUUGUACAAUCUUCAAUUCUGGAUGUAAACUAGAGUAUGAAAAUAAUUAUUUUUACUCAGCUGCUCUUAAAUUUGGUUGGGUAUGUAGUGAUGAUAGUUAUAUGGUAGCAUUCUCAUCACAAUUACAAUUUUUUGGUGUCCUUAUUGGAACAGUUUUUUUUGGAAUUCUUAGUGAUGCUAUUGGGAGAAGAAAAACUAGUAUAAUUAAUGUUGGAUUAGGAUGUUCAUUUAUCUUAAUAUCAAGUUUUAUUGAUAAUUCUAAAUUUUUUGUCUUUUCACGUUUUGUAAUUGGUUUAGCUAAUGGUGGUUCAUUAAAUAGUGGAGUAACUUAUUGUAUGGAAGUUUUACCUUCUGAUAAAAGAAUAUUUAUUAAAUGUUUAUUUAAUUGGGGUUUAUCUCGAGUUCUUUUAACAGCAAUAUGUUAUUAUUUUAAUAAUUAUGCAUCAGCACUACUAGUUAGUGGAUUAAUGGUGAUACCAGCUAUAUUGUUACUUAUAUUUUACUUUCCUGAAUCACCAACAUGGUAUCAUUACAAAAAUAUGGAAGAAAAAAUGAUAAAAAGUGAAAAAAUUAUUGCUAAAUUAUCAAACAUAGAGUAUGUAAAAAUUCAGCAUGAACCAAUUACAAAAAAAGAAUCUUUCUUAGAAUUAUUAAAAGAUAAAAUUAUUUUAAAAAAACUUUCUAUACUUUGGUGUAUGUGGUUUGUUGCAUCAUUGUGUGGUUAUAGUAUAGAUUUACAUAGUAGUGAAAUAUCUGGUAAUCUUUAUAUAAAUCAAUUUUUCUUUGGUUUUACUAUAUAUUUUUCAAAAUUAAUCGUUCCAACCAUUGAUAGUCAUUGUCAAUGGUUUACAAGAAGACUUUUUCAUCAAGGAGCACAAGCAAUUGUAGUUAUUUGCUUUGGUAUUCUAGCUCUAUUAGUAGCAAUUAAAUAUAAUGGACUAGUUAUAUUAAUAUUAAAUGUUAUUGGAGUUGUUUUUAUUGAAUUUAGUUGGGAUGCUUGUUAUCUUUGUGCAAUUGAAAGUAUGCCAACAAACGUCAGGAGUAGUAGUUUAGGAAGUUGUUCAUUAAUGGCAAGAAUUGGCUCAAUUAUCUCACCAAUGUUACCAUACCUUAAUACUUUUUGGCCCCCAAUGGCAUAUUUUGUAGUUGCCUGCCUUGGCCUCAUAAAUCUUUUAGUUUCAUUUUUCUUUUUAAAAGAAACUAAAAAUGUUUUUCUUGAUAAGGUACAUCUUACCGAAAAAAAUGAUGAUGUAACAAAUUGUUCUAUUGAGCUUUUAAAUAAACAUACAAAAAAUAGUAAUAAUAAUAUCUAA